AUGAUGAAUCCGACCGGCGUUUCGCUCUUCCGCCCUAAUCAGCAAGACCCUACCUCUACGCUCUCAAAGAGCGAGAAGUUCAUUCGCAGCAAGGAACUUGCCGAGAAUCAAGAACAGUCCGCUCCCGCAACCGCAAAGAAUACGACAGAAGGCACCGCGGCAGAAUUUUCCGAGGAUCUGUCAGCCAUUUGGGAGAAAGCAUUGAAGGCGUUCGAGGAUCAUGUCUUUAUGAGUCAGGUUCCUCUUUGUGUUCCUAGUAUUUGA